AGCAAAGAAAAUGGCUACAACACCAGGUCUCCUCACUGACUGGCCAUGGACGCCUCUUGGGCGUUUCAAGUACGUGGUACUGGCACCAUGGGUGGCUCAUAGCAUUUAUUCAAAUGCUACAAAAGGCGAAUGCGAGAGAGACCUCACAAACCUUCUUAUACUUCCCUUUCUUUUGUGGAGGAUGCUUCACGAUCAAAUCUGGAUUAGCAUUUCUCGUCACCGAACAGCUAAUGGCAAGAACCGGAUUGUUGACAAGACCAUUGAAUUCGAACAAGUUGACAGAGAAAGCAAUUGGGAUGACCAAAUAAUAUUAAAUGGAAUCCUAUUCUACAUCGCCAACAAUUUGUCUUCUUAUGCUUCUCGGCUGCCGUGGUGGAGGACGGAUGGUGUGAUCUUGACCUCUCUGCUUCAUAUUGGUCCUGUGGAAUUUCUGUAUUAUUGGCUUCACAGAGCACUGCACCACCAUUUUCUCUACUCUCGUUACCAUUCCCACCAUCAUUCCUCCAUCGUCACUGAGCCCAUAACAUCCGUGAUUCAUCCCUUUGGAGAGCAGAUAGCGUAUUUUUUGCUGUUUGCAAUUCCAACGUUGGCAACAGUGUAUACUGGAACUGCAUCGCUUGCGUCAACGUUCGGCUACAUCACAUACAUUGAUCUAAUGAACAACAUGGGACACUGCAACUUUGAGCUAAUUCCCAAACGACUCUUCUCCAUCUUUCCACCUCUCAAGUAUCUAAUGUAUACACCCUCAUAUCAUUCUCUGCAUCACACUCAAUUCCGAACAAAUUACUCUUUAUUCAUGCCCAUCUACGACUAUAUCUAUGGCACCAUGGACAAAUCCACCGAUUCGCUGUACGAAACUUCAUUGAAAAGAGAAGAAGAUGCCCCAGACGUGGUGCAUUUGACCCAUCUAACAACCCCACAAUCCAUAUACCAUAUUCGUCUGGGAUUUGCUUCUGUUGCCUCCAAACCUGAAGGUUCCACAUGGUACAUUUUGUUAAUGUGGCCAGUUACACUCUGGUCCGCGAUUCUUAAUUCCAUCUACGGCCGUACCUUUAUCUUAGAGAGGAACAAGUUAGAAAAGCUCAAGCUGCAGUCUUGGGCAAUACCAAGGUACAAUGUGCAGUACUUGAAGAAAUGGCAAUCCCGAGCAAUUAACGGCUUGAUUGAGAAGGCCAUACUAGAUGCUGAAGCAAAAGGCACCAAGGUGUUGAGUCUCGGCCUACUUAACCAGAGAAAGGAACUGAACAAAAAUGGAGAGUUUUACGUGCGAAGGUACCCUAAGCUGAAAUUGAGGGUGGUGGAUGGAAGUAGCUUGGCAGUUGCCAUCGUCCUUAACAGCAUUCCUAAGGGAACCAGUGAAGUCCUCGUUGUUGGCAACCUCACCAAAGUUGCUCGUUCUGUUGCGUUUGCCUUGUGCGAGAGGGGUAUUCAGAUAAACAUUUCAUCCCAAUGUGAGUACGAGAAUCUUAAGCAAUGUGUUACUUCCCAAAGCAACUUGGUAGUAAUGUCCAAGAGCGUGGCUCACAAGACUUGGUUGGUUGGAGAUGCAUUAACUGAAAAGCAGCAGCUGAAUGCACCAAAAGGGGCAUUAUUUAUUCCUUUCUCGACCUUUCCUCCGAAGAAAGUACGCAGGGACUGCUCCUAUCUGCAUACCCCCGCAAUGCUGGCUCCCGCGUCCCUCCAAAACCUUGACUCUUGCGAGAAUUGGCUGCCAAGAAGGGCACUAAGUGCAGUGCGUGCAGUUGGCAUAGUGCACGCAUUAGAAGGAUGGACUGAGCAUGAAUGUGGAGAAAACAUGUUGAGCGUUGAAAAAGUUUGGCAAGCUGCCCUGAAGCAUGGCUUUCGACCUUUGGGGUCUCCAUGCAAUUGGUUUUUCUCUUUUUAAUUAGA